CUUGGCAACAGCAGCAGGUAAUUGCUUCCACUUUCUUUGUUCUACCGCUGGUACACGACUGCGGCCAGAAGUGUGGAAAAUAUGUAGUAUAUAAGAAGUCGAUAUAGCUUCCAUCAGCCCCACAUAUCCUCACUCAUCCACUGACAGCUUCAAGAUUGUACAUCUAGCUUUUCUACAAUGGCAUACACACUUCAAGACCUUUUCGACUACCACCCUGUCAACGGUGUGCCUGGAGCAGCAGCAGGUCUAUUUGCUAUUAUCGCUGCAAUCCACAUCUGGCAGACAAUCCACUACAACGCGCCGAAAUGGAUGUACAUCUUGGUCGGCACCGCAGUAGCAGAGAGCGUCGGGUACAUCGUCCGUAACGUCCUCAUCUACCACACAUCCUUGGGCUUGUUUGUCUUCAUGAACCUGUGUCUGCUGCUACCGCCCAAUGCGCUGGCGCUGUUCAACUACAAGACAAUUGGCGAGCCCAAGUUCAUCACAUGGUUCUUCUUUGGCAGCGACAUAUUCUCGUUCCUGAUCCAGGCGACCGGCGGCAGCAUGCAGGCAACAGAGAGCACACGCAAUGCGGGAAAGUACAUUGCCCUGUUUGGCCUGGCGAUCCAGCUUAUUUUCUUUGCCUGCUUCCUUGCAAUUACCAUUUACGUCCACCGCUCGGCUGCGUAUGUGGUCAGCGCGGGGCCCAAGGACAUGACAGACAAGGGGGCCAAGAUUAAGCUGAUGCGUGUUAUUAUCGCCACCACUAUUCUGCUCUACGUCCGAUCCAUCUACCGUGUGGCAGAGUUUGCUGACGGGUACGGUGGAAAGAUAUACAGUGCCGAGUGGGCGUUCUACGUGUUCGACUGCCUGGCGAUUCUGUUCAGCUUUGUUAUCUACAUCUUGUGGUUUGUCGGCCACCACUUCCCAUCCAAGGCGGUUGAUGGAGGCUAUUGCGAUGUAUUCUAGCCUAGCCCAGUUUGGACAUUCGCUAAUUCUUAAUACUGUGAUUAUCUUGGACAGGUUAUUUGUUUGAUAUUGAUAUAAAAAGUCCAACGCAUCCAC